UCGAAUCAAACUUUCCAAGUUCAAUAAAUAAUUUUAAUGUGUUUAUAAUAUUAUUUGUUGGUGUAAAUCCAUAAUUGGAAACGUGCCAUAUCUGCUCUAGAGAAGAACUGUAAAAUUUUUGUGCAUUACCCAAAAAUUCAAUGCCACGGCAACCAAUGGCAACUGUAAGUCUUUUUGAUUCACUUUGCAAUGGCAGUGGUGGCCGGCUUGUGCUGGGUUCGUCAGUGCUCGUCUAUUUGCUAAUCUACAAUGAAGCGUCAGCGCCAAGUGUUCUCUUCGCCACAGUUUUGGCCACAAUUUAUGGCAGCAUUGCAGCACGUUGCAAAACAAGUUUGCGUUCCUUGCAAAUGCCUUACAUACGCGCCAGCAAUAAAUUCGACUUCACAUGCCUCUUCCUGGCCAGUUGGAUGGAUGUUCUAGCUAUUUUAUGUGCCUGCGGCACGUUGGCACGUACACUUAGCACCUGCUUGGAUGCCAUGACUGGUGGUUUAGCACGUAUUUUAAUACUGGGGCGAAACUCACCAGCGAACGAGCCAUGGCCAGAUGUUUUGGGUGUAGCCGUUGUAUUUAUUGUGACUGGCAUGUUCAUGCUGGGUCUGGAGCAUUCAAAAGCUUUUAGUCUUAUUAUGUCACUAGGCAUGUUGGGCUUGAAUGCUGUUCUAAGUGCUGUCGGUUGGUGGAAUGGUGACUUCAUGGAGUGGACCCAUAGCUUCUUUCAACCGAAUGGCUUAAGAAGUGUACUUACUGCGGCAGCAAUAUUGACUUACUCCUACCCAAGUGAGUACCCAACGCAGCGAGUGGGUUUUCAGAGAUUUACUGGACUCAUACUAACAUUUAUUGCUUGCAUUUCAUUGAUGUUGGCUUCCGGUUGCUUGUCCACAAUUGUACACUACAAAAUCGUGCCUGAGUUUAUUGCAGUCCCACUUUUCACAAUAUUGGAUGAAAACAAUUUCCACAAAUUGGUACCCGCUGCUGCGUGUUUGCUCAUGCUGACUUGUUGCGGUGCUUUUCUGGAAUUAUUUCCGGAAUUAUAUGGGAUUAUCGUGCGUUUCGCUACGUCCGAAUGGAAAGUAUUAUCGAAGCAGAUUAGCUAUGAGAGCAGUGACAGCGGUAAUCCUGUCUUGGCUGUAUUUGUGGCAGGCAGUCUAUGUGCUAUGUUGGCUUUUGCUUGUCCCUUACAAAAUCUGACUUAUAUGUUGGCUGCUGGUCAUUUAAGUGCUGGAUUCUUUCGUGCCUUUUACUUGCUUUAUACUCCGUUUCGGCCAAAAUUUAUGCAACAAAAUUCCGAUUCAUCUUUAUCGUAUAGUCGCUUAUCAACAGCGCCAAUGGUAAAGAGCAGCAGUUCAAUGGUCAACAAUAAACCGAAACGUAGCUUGUGGAACAUAAGCCUACCCAAGCAGACUGCAGUUCCAAGAAAGCCAAAAUCGAAAACGAAAAAUAAACAAGAAGUUGAAAAGGAAUGGUUACUGUUGGGUGAGCCAACAUCGCCAUGCCCACAACGCGAAACUAGAGAUAUAGAAUCAACUAUAUUAUCUGAUGGUGAACCACCGCCAUCGGAUUUUGAAUAUCCAGAGAAGUUUGACAAUUCAGAUUCGGAUACUUCGACAGAUAUUGAUGCAAUAGUCGAUGAGUACAGACAAAAAAUAAAGGUUACCACAGCUGGACCCAUGGAACGCACAAUACGUGUACCUUCGGUUACUUCUUGGCGUGUGAUGAUAUUCGCCAUUGUUGUUGUGGGAUUUGGCAUUUCAUUAACAGUGGCUGGCAUAAAAAUGUCUUGGGCUCCUGCUACAUUAACAGGCAUCAUUGGUGUCUUCAUUAUAAGUAUUAUGAUGACACUGAUACCAAAAUAUACAGGCAGUGUUAUAGAUGUCAGUCCAGUACUCUGCUGUAUGGCCAUUAUGCUCUGUGUCGUACUCUUCUCGGCAUGUAUGGAUUAUUCAUGGCAUGCAUUGCUUUUCUGGUUAUUGGCUGGCUUGAUAAUGCUAUUGCGCUGCGAUAAUUGGUGCUGCAAUUGCUUUAAUUAUACAACCACAAUUAAAGAUCAGCUCAUACCAAGUGUCUCAGCCAAGACCACGACGAUACGUAUGCCACGUCCUCCUAAAAGCAUUGUUACAAUACCCACGCGCAUUAAUGCAAACAGAUGACAAUCGGAGUCCUCCGAAGGCGAGGACCUGUUCAAUGAGGAUUUUAAUGUUAGAGAUUUCGACGAAGAUGACGACGGUGCUGAUGAGGAUUGUUGGACUGAAUAAAAAUUAAAAAUAAAUAAAAAUAAAAAUAAAAAACAAACCGACAAAUUUUUGAAAAAGUUUUUGAAAAUA